UCCCAGAAAAGUAAGAUCACCAUGGCUCUGGAGAAGUCCGUUGUCCUGUUUCCACUGCUAGUCCUUGUGCUGAUGGUGCUAGGAUGCGUUCAGCCCUGUCUGGGAAGGGAAUCGAAGGCCGAGAAGUUCCAGCGGCAGCACAUGGACUCAGACAGCGCCUCCAGCCACAGCCCUACCUACUGCAAUGAAAUGAUGAGGCGGCGUAAUAUGACAAAGGGAUCCUGUAAGCCAGUGAACACCUUUGUGCAUGAGCCCCUGGGUGAUGUCCAGGCUGUCUGCCUCCAGCAACAGGUCUCCUGCAAGAACGGGAAGACCAACUGCUACAAGAGCAGCUCCAGCAUGCGCAUUACAGAGUGCCGCCUGACAGGCAGCUCCAAGUAUCCCAACUGCACAUAUACGACUACUGAUAAACAGAAACACAUCAUUGUGGCCUGUGAGGGAGACCCCUCUGUGCCAGUCCACUUGGAUGCAACAGUGUAGACAACCUCCUAGUCCAGACCAGUGAGAUGUCUCUCUCCCCAUACCUCAGCCUCAUCAUUCCAUCAUCUGUCUCUCCUCUUCCUUUCUGGUCCUGAAAGAAGUAACUCCAGUGAGAACCCCUGUCCAACACAAACAUGACUCCCUCCUCUGCAUCUUGUUCCUUCCUGCUCCUUUCAAUAAAACAGUUGCACCUAUCUGAUGCCUGAGCGUCUCUUCCAGGCAAGGGAUAAGAACGUAAU